GCGGAGUCGUACGUCGCCGCGUGUCGCGCCGCGGGGAUCGUCCCGCAGACCGCCGCGACGCGCGGGCUCGCGACAGACAGCGACCGGUGCGAGCUGCGGCACCGCGCGCUCGGCGACGCCGCCGUCGCCGCCGUCGCCGCCGCGUUGAGAAAUCCGCUCUGCGUCUCGCUGACGCGCCUCGACCUGCGCGAUAACGACGUGCGCGACGCCGGGUUCGUCGCGAUCGCGCGCGGGCUGACGCACAACAGCGUGCUGACGCAUUUGGACCUGAGCGAUAACCCGGGGCCGAAGCUGACGGGCGUCGAGGCGCUGCGAGACGCGUUGGAUCCGAACUGCGCUCGGCGACUGAAAGAUUCGCACUGCGCGUUGACGACGCUCCGGCUCUCGAACGUCGGUCUCGACGACGUCUGCGGCGCGAAGCUCGGGGAAGUGUUCGCGGAUAACUCGAGCGUGAAAUCGCUGGAUCUCUCGAGGAAUCAGCUCGGCCCGCUGACGUCCGCGGCGCUCGCGUCGAGCGUGGACCAGAACCAAGGCGUCGUCGAGUUGAACGUCAGUCGCAACAAUUUCGGCGCGCGAUGCGCGGCGCGCUUCGCCGCCUUGGUGAAAGUCAACGCGACGAUUCGCAUCCUCGACAUCUCGCACAACGGUCUGGAAGACGAAGGGACGGAAACUAUCGGGCUCAUGCUCGGCGGCGAGGUCGAGCUCAAGUCCUUGGACCUGAGCGCGACGAGGAUGGGCGAGCGCGGCGCCGCCGCCGUCGCCGCGUCUCUGUCGCGAAACGAAAGCCUCGAGUCGCUCCACGUC